CACCGCUGCUUGGGUUGGAGGGAAGGGGCACGGAGGCGUCCAGUACGGGAUCUUCCGGGGAUUUUCCCGUCCGGAGCCUUUCCCUUAACCGCCCGACAGCUCCUGUCUCCUGCCCGAGCUCCCAACACGUUGCUGAAAUGGGUUGUGGACUGAACAAGUUCGAGAAGCGUGAUGAAAAACGGCCUGGAAAUAUCUAUUCGACUCUGAAGAGACCCCAGGUAGAGACCAAGAUUGAUGUAUCUUAUGAGUACCGCUUCCUGGAGUUUACAACUCUGAACAAUGCGGAGCUGCCCCGGUCUUCGGCUGCAAGGCUCUCCUCUUGGCGUGACCUUCCCGCACAGCUCCAGGAGCUCUACCAGCAGGGCUUCACUUUGGCAGCGCUCCACCCCUUUGUGCAGCCCACCAGUGAGAGAGAGAAGACCCCGCAGGAGCAGAUCUUCCGGGCCGUUCUGAUCAAGAAAACCGAAAGGUCUCAGAAAACUGAUUAUCACAAUGAAGGGUACAUCUUGGAGUUAGAAUGCUGCUCGUCCUUAGACCACCGGGCAGGCCAAAAAAUCAUCCCGGAUUUCAUUAAGAAAAUCCAAGAUGCAGCCAGUCGGGGCCUGAAAUUUGUAGGCGUGAUACCUCAGUAUAGCUCCCAGGUGAAGACUACGGACGGCAGUGUUGUCACCACCCCUGGAAAUGACUCCGUGGAGACGAGAGAUGAGGAAAAUGGGUCAGACCUCUGUGGGGAUCGGGCAUCCUUGGGUGACGGGAAUUCGGGGGCCACGCACAGUCUCCCCUCAGGAGAUCUGCCAGCCCCGAGAGACACAAAUGUUCAUCAGCACUCAGAAGAGCUGAGAGAGAAAGGGCCGGCAGCUGGGCAGCUGAGCUUACCCUCUGGAGUGGGUGAUGGAGAAGAAUUUCAGGAUAAAAGGCUGAGUGUCUCACAGGAUCUGAGAAAAACACCAGACAAACGAGAAGGUGACACAUCAGGAAUGUGUGCAGAGCCACUUGCUGGAAAACUGGAGCUAUUCACCAUCUUUAACAAGCCCAAGAGUCAGCAGAAGUGCCGCCAGUAUUACACUGUCUCCAUUCCCCUCAAAGUCUCCAAGAAUGGGCAGACCGUCAGCAGCCUGGAUGCCAACUGGCUGGAGCAUAUGAGCGACCACUUUCGGAAAGGAGGCGUGCUGGUGAACGCCGUCUUUUAUCUUGGAAUGGUAAAUGAUUCCUUCCAUGGCUUGACAGAUGGAGUAUUCAUCUUUGAAGAUGUUUCCACUGAAGAGAGCCAAACCAUACAGGGCUAUGAUGCUAUUGUUGUGGAACAAUGGACUGUCCUGGAAGGGGUUGAAGUGCAGACAGAUUAUAUUCCACUGCUGAAUUCUCUCGCUGCAUAUGGCUGGAAACUCACCUGCGUGCUCCCUACUCCGAUUGUAAUGACCAACAGGGAGGGAAAUUUGGCCACGAAGCAGAUUGUCUUUCUUCAGAGACCAUCUCUACCUCAGAAAGCCAAAAAGAAAGAAUCCAAGUUCCAGUGGCGGUUCUCCAGGGAAGACGUGCAUAGUCGGCAGGCGAAAAAAUCCAAAUCUAAAUUAAGUGCCAGAGAAAAACAACAAGCAGAAGAAAACGAAAAUAACUUAGAAGAUCAGUCUUCUAAACUUGGCUAUGUGGGGAACCGGCCACCGAGCUUCCAUGAGGUGGAUGGGAUCUUCUCUAAGAAGGUUGAGAACCCUGAGGGGAUGGACACGGCUCUCCAGGAGCAGAAAGCGAGGGGAGAAACGCCACAUCGUGGGGUGGAGAUCACUGGCGACGACGUGCCCGCGUGCCCGGAGAGCGAAGCUGGCAGCCCCAGCGGGGACCAGGUGUCCCGGGAAGGACGUUGUACUGUGAUCGUUAGCAGUGGAGAGGAAAGCAGGGAUCAAGGGUCCCCAGAAGCUGCCCCAGAGCCCUCCGUGUUGGAAGAGAACUGAGGAGAAGACAAUUUCCCCUGAUUAAGGAUGAGCUUUGCUAACAAUCUUCUCUGAGGCGGCUUAGGAGGCCAUUUCAUUUGGCAUUAUGUGUUAUCUACCCACUUUGGCUUAAUCUCCUCUUGUCAGUUAUGCAUUCACUCACUCUUCGAGUGCCAGGCAAUCACUGUCAUGGAUUCUGCCUUUGCUGUACUCUGGAAUCGCCCUGGGCUGCCAGAGUUAGCAUUCAAGAGUUCAGGUUGUUCAAUUAGUGGGGGCAGGAGGAGGGGGCUUUCCAAACCCCAUGGUUUCUGCUCUCAGCAUUGUGGAAUUGUACCUUUUCAGGUCUGAUUCACCUUCCAGAGGCCAGGUAAUACCAACAGGCUCACCCGGUUUGAAGCCAAGUUUCUAAUAUCCACUGCCACAGGCUGGCUGGAGAGGGAGAGAGGGUCCUGCCAUGGUCCUGGCAGCAGCCUUCGCUUUCAUUAACAACACCCAGCUUCCUUAGUUCCCCAGUCCUGGAGGUCAGGCAGGCCAUCCACAGGCACCUGCUCCUUUUUCAGGAGAAAUGGCAGCAGGGACAGGGGGCUUCCUUUGAAGAGGGGUGAUUGUCCCCCCAAGAACUCCCCCAAGCCACAGCAGUCUGGCAGUGGAAAUGUGUUGUGUGAUCCCCUGCUCUUGCAGAAAACCCAGUGUGGUGGAGCAUUCGGUGUUUGUGUUGGUCAGAUGUUUUGUAUCAGUAGGUCAUGUGAACAUGCUUCGUUUCAUAUCAUUUCAUAGCAGCCAUUUGGGUUGGUUGCUUUCGUUACGGAAUAUUUUAAUCAGCGUAUAUUCAGCAGGGUUGUUGCACCAUAUAUUGCAGAGUCUGUCGAGUGUUUGUCUUAUCUGAAAAGUAUCGUUCGGGCUUUAAUGAUCUGCGAUCGGUAAUUGUCGGAAGGCCGAUUCGGUCGUAUCUGCCGAAGCUAUAUGGUCUGUCACUUCUCUUUCUUCUGUAAUUACCUAAAGUAGGGAAUCAUCCUUGAGUUUAGCAGAUUCCGAGAGCGACGGGGGCCCCAGAGUCGGCCUGGGGCAAUCCCCGGUCCGUCUGUCAGGAGUCCUCAGUUUCCAGGUUCUGUCCGCCCACCAGCAAAGCACUUGAGGAUUUUAGUCAAGCAAACGCGGCCCAUGGGGAAAUUGUGAUAUGAGCAAAAGCAAAAUGAGCAAAAGCACUUCCGUAAGAACAGUGGGGUUCCCGGCAGGCUGAGCGUUUUUGGGCGUCCUCACUAUUGUCUGUCGGGGUAGAACCUAUCACGGGGAGGAAGGCAGAGAGCGAAGACAAAAGAACCAUCAGGUAACCAUCACUUGCAACUACUAACCAGCCAGAAGUCCCAGAGUCGGACGGGGGCUGAUGCCUUUUUUAAAGAAGUUACCGAGUACGUCUUGCAGUUGAUAUGUUAACAAUCAGAUGGGCAGACCCUUUCAUGUUUGCAAGUUUAUUCAAAUGUACAUGUGUAAUAUAUUUUUUAUAGAGCAGAGUUGAAUAGACUGUUGGACAGCUUCAGCCUGCUUAAAAAUGUUGCACAUAUAAUUGUUUUCAUUUGACUUAUGAGGGAUCCCACUAGGAAAUAUCUGGGGCUCUGCAAAGCAAAAGACAGUAAAAAAAAAAAUGGACAUUUUCCUCACAGGAUGAUUAUGCUUCAUUGUUGACAUUUGCGGUUUUCUGUACAGUAUUUUGACUCAAUAAAAGGUAAACUCUUG